AUGAAUUAUCCAGAACCUGGAAGGAUGUACGACUUCAACGUUCCUGGUGCUUUCUCUUCCGGAGGGGCCACGCAAUUUGGACAUCAUGUAUACCCAAUGAGCUUCAGAAUCACCGGUACUGAGGAUUUGCCCGGUCAGGUUCGGAUGUCUUUUGACAUGUUGGACGACACGGGAUCAGACAUGGCCCUGAUUUUCCAAGAAGUCUUUGAGGAUAUUAGAGCGAUUUCCAAUGGCUGGGUUGCCACUUUCCUAUCAUGGGAAGUUUUCAACACCGCUGGUGGAAAGAUUGUCCUGCCGACCUGUGCGCUUGAGGUGAACGUCACAUUCACGGACAUUCAUGGCAGACCAAAUCGUCUUAUUGGUGACUGGGCAACGAUUCAAGUCGCUGUACUACCGGGACCAGGGCCGCCCGGCCGUGAAAGACUCAGUGGCCCAUGGAUGCGGGUAUCAUGUAUUCGGGAACAGCUCCAGAUAAUAUGA